UUGGUGAACUUAUAUGAUUAUCUAAAUUUUAAGGUGGUACUCCACAAUUACCAGAGAUUCCAUAACUUCUCUUUUUUUGAAAAAAAUCGUACUCCACUAGUUCCUCUGCGAAGUUGGACGAAAGGUUCUUCUAUAGAAAAUCGUAGUCACACUUUCACAAGCUAUACUUCAAUCAUUGGCGACAAAUGUGAUGUUUGUGCCCGCUGGAUUGGUAUUGGAGGUAAACCUGCUAUCAAAUGUAGUGACUGUAACUUGCAUCUACAUAAGGCUUGUACUAGUCGGGCUCCUGUGCCAUGCCUACCGUAUAUUCCAACACCCCGUACUCCAGGGAAGCAAAGGCCGAGACUAAAAGAUUUUUGUCCUGAUUCCCAACCAAUGAUUCCCAGUUUAAUAAUUCACUGUGUUCUAGCUUUGGAAAAGUACUUUAUUAAUUCGGAAGGUCUUUAUCGUGUGCCAGGACAAGAGUCACGUAUAAUAAGGCUGUUAAACGAGUUUAAGAAUACACGGUUUCAACCGAGGCUAAUGUUCCAGGAUCCCGAAACUAUAACUGGUUGUAUCAAGCGUUUCUUAAAGCAAUUAAGGGACUCGCUUAUUCCCAGUUCAUCUUGGGAUGAAUUUGUUAAUGCUGCAGUACAGAGAAGUCAAGGCGACAUUGACAAAUGCGUUAAUGAUUUACCUAUUCCUAACCGAGACACUUUGGCGUUCUUGUGCAGCCAUUUUCAGAGAGUUUGUGAGAACAGUAAGAGAAAUAAAAUGACUCCUGAAGUUCUUGCACGUAGUGUUGCGCCAACAGUCGUAGGACGGUCUCCUAUGCGUGCCACAAAUAUAGUACAGGGUAACGAUGAAGCUUCAAAGCAGGUAGAAUUAAAAUUGAGUAUCCCUUUAGUCCUUUAUGUAUGCUUUGUUUAUUUCUGUUCACUUAUUGGCUUAAAUUUUUUAAUGUUUAUUCGCAUGAAUUUUCAACUAUUUGGUUCCUGUUAAAA